UUACGGACGCAUAACUAACUGAUCAAUGCAAACUACUCGAGAACUACCAGAGGAAACAUCUGGUGAAUUUACUUCUCAGUUUUAGGCGGUAUAACGCGAAUUACCACGACGAAUUCGCAGUCAAACGUCAAGAACUCUUCGGUCCCAGCCAGACGUAAGCGAGCGGCUUGCGGGAAAAUGGCCAUAAAAUGUAUGCAUUCAGACCAUUCAACCGCCGAAGACCAGCACAAAUACCAGAAGAUUCAGGCCGAGGAAGUGCAAGGAUGUAAAGACAAUGAAGUAUCGGCUAAGCCACUAGAUACACAUAACCUGCUCCAUUUGAAGCAUGACUGGUUUGACAAGGGAGACACCAUUGUUAUUCAUUUGUAUGUCAAAAAUGUCAACCGACAGCUCCUCAGUGUAAUCCUUUUUGAAGAUGAACUUCAAGUUAAAUUUGCUACAAGUCACAAGGAGUUCUUAAAGAUGUAUCCUGGUACAUCAGAAAAUACUCUGUUUUCAUGGAAUCUAAAACUAAGGGGGAAUGUAGACUUGGCAGAAUCUAGCAGCCGGACAGCAAAAGCCUUUUUGGAGAUAUCAUUAAAAAAGAAAUCAACUGCCAGAUGGGGUGGUUUAGAAAAACCGAAGAGGCCAGGUUGUAAUGGAGAAAAUUUAUCAAGUGAAAGACCUUACAAGCAGCUGUUUAAUUCUACAACUCCACAAUCAGAACAGAUACUUUCCAAUGGAGUUCACAAGACUUCUAAUGACACAGAUGACUCUAACAUUACUUUGUCAAUGGAAUCAAAAACUUCUAAUUCCAAAGUUGAGGAUGAAAGAAUUGGUACCAUACCUGAGGUAAAGCUUCCUCCAGAUGUUGCUUCUACAUCAACUGCCAUGGAAAAUUCAGGAGAUGUCUGUGGAUCUCCUGACAUGGAAAAAGCGAACUUGCAGUUUACGACUGAAUGUAUACCACAAGAUGUUGACAGUGGUGGUAUCAAUGAAACAAGUGAUUUGGAAUCUCCUCUAGAAUCUAAACCAGAGACAACAUUAAAUGACACGAGAACUACAUUUCAUGAAUCUGAAAAUGGACAUAUAAAUUUAGAAAUUCCAAUAGAGUCUGCAGGUGUGGAAAAGGAUCCGGAGUAUCAAGGAAAGCAUGCUAUGGCAACCUCCACUGCAGAGAGUCUAACCACGUCAUUUAGCACUUUGUCUACUACUGUACAACCAAGUACAUCUACUUCAACCUUGCCUUCGGUUUCUUCAUUUGACUCAUCUUCAGCAUUGGGAAGCCAAACAGCAAUUCCACUGCCUCCACCUAUCCCACCACCACCUCCUCCGCACUCAGCGGUACGGGGAUGUGGCGAUGGCCAAAUGAAGACGGGAGUGAUGGGUGGAAGUAAAAGCAAUGUCACUCAUGUUCCAUUCAGUGACGCCAUCAAAGCUGCUGCAUCUAAAGGUGCAGACAUGGUUGGAAGUAGUUUUGAUGAUGAGGAAGAUUCUGGUGAAUGUGUCCAUGUUGGUCUCACAGGCUUGGAGAAUCUUGGAAACACCUGCUAUCUGAACUCCAUUAUCCAGUGUUUGGCAAACACAAGACAGCUUAGAGACUUUUUUCUUGGUGAUCAGUAUCAAGAUGACAUCAACACAGAAAACCCACUGGGCACUGGAGGAAAGCUUGCUGUUAUUUUUGCAAACUUAAUGAGAAACCUGUGGACUGGAAAGGAGAGAUCAUUAUCUCCAUAUAAACUGAAGGGAAUUGUUGGUGAAAAGGUCUGUCAGUUUAAAGGUUUUAUGCAACAAGAUGCACAAGAGUUUAUGGCAUUCUUAUUGGAUGGUCUGCAUGAGGACCUCAACAGAAUCAAGGAAAAACCUUACGUCGAGGAGGUUGAAGGAGCAGGGAAACCUGACGCUGAAGUAGCUAACGAGGCAUGGAGGAGAUACAAGAGUAGGAAUGACUCGGUGAUAGUAGACUUGUUCCAGGGGCAGUUGAAAUCCAAACUCACUUGCCCAGUGUGUAACAAGAUUUCUAUUAAAUAUGAUCCUUUCAUGAACCUGUCUGUUCCACUGCCCAAAGAACAGAAACUCUUGCCUGUGUAUAUUUUCUUCCGUGACUACAACAGAGUGCCCCUCAAGAUUGGUGUGAAAGUAACUCAAGAUGCAAACGUUGAGCAACUGAUGGCUGCUGUGGAGAGAAUUGCUGGAAUUCAGUUCGAAAAUAUGAGGGUGUAUGAAGUGUUCCAUGGCAAAUUCCAUCGAGCAUUUGACCGAGGGUGCAGCCUGUCAUCUGUGGCUCCAACAGACAUCAUGGUUGUUUAUGAAGUGCUCAAUCAAGAGGAGGCAGGUGAACAAGUCUAUGAAGUACCAAUCAUACAGAGAACAGUAUGUCCACGUGUGCUUCCUGGUCACUGUGCUAGCUGUUACAAACGUCCUGCACCUGGUGAACUCCUCCGUAGAUGCACACAGUGUUGGGGAAUAGGAUACUGUAACCAGGAAUGCCAGAAGGGACACUGGGCGACUCACAAGAGAAGCUGUAAAAGAGUUCCUCAGCCCAUCGGAAUUCCUUUUGUGAUCAGCGUUCCCGCCUCUAAGGCAACCUUCAAACAACUGCAAAAGAUGGCUGAAGAGUAUGCCAAAUAUUCCGUAAUUGUAAAGCCUGGGGACAGCCCAAAGGAAAAUUCUGCAAGCAAAGGUGAAACAUCCUCUGAGGCAGAAAGCAUAUCCUCUGGUGAGUCUCACCCAUGGAUGCAAAAUGUUGUAACGCGCGCGGAGCGUGAGGUCUCGCGGCAAAUUUCAGACAACAUGCGCAAGGCGAGCGGAGUCCCAGUCACAAGUCUACUUUGUGAGAGAUAUGAAGAAAAAACAACAACAACACCCAUGACAGCGUGUGGUCUUGUUAGUGCAGAGUGCGAAGAACAUCCCUCUUACAAAUCUGGAACGGUUACAGAGUCAUACAGUUGUUCAUUAAAAGAGUGCUUAGAGCUGUUCACUGAACCCGAGACAUUGAGUGAGAAUGAUGCUUGGUACUGUCCCGAGUGCAAGGCUCAUCGCGAGGCUACCAAGCAGCUGUCAGUAUGGCGUCUACCGGAAAUCCUGAUUAUUCAUCUCAAGAGAUUCUCAUUUAGGAACAUCCUGUUUAAAGACAAGAUUACCAAACUCGUUGAUUUUCCGUUAAGGGGCCUAGACAUGUCUCGCUUCACUCCGGGUAAAGAUGACAAAGAGGGAUCCUUGUAUGAUUUGUUUGCUGUGGCUAAUCACAGUGGCACUGUCAACUUCGGUCAUUAUACCGCAUUUGGCAGACUAGCGGAGGCAGACCAAACUAUUGACCAACUAAAACAAGAUGGCCUUGGAUGGCGUUACUUUGACGACAGGCAUGUCACGGAGACCUCAGAGGAGCGCAUUGUGUCAAAAUACGCAUAUGUAUUGUUCUACAAGAGGCGGCCGGGAGUAACUGGCUUGGUGAAACAACCAGCCGCUCAAGAACUAACUCAACAACCUGUAGAAACAAGAAAACCAAGCCUCGAGGAUGUGGACGAGAAUGAAUUAGAUUGAAAUAUAACGUAAUUGUAUAUUGUGUAAAUACUUUGCAUUGAACUU